AAAAUAAUUGAAACAACACAUUAAUUUACCUUAUGAUAUUGUAAUGUUUAUGUUAAAGAAGUAAUUAGAACAUGCUUUUCUAAUAAUGGAAGAAGAAAUCAUAAUCAUACGAUUAUUGUUUUUAAUGUUGUGGUAUAGAAAUGAAAGUUGUGCUUAAUAAUAAAUUAGUCACUUUGUUUCUCUUAUUCAUUCCUCAAGAGAAUAUAGUCAUAAAAUAUAAUUUUGAAUAAUAUUAAUCAAAAAAAAAGUGCGAUCGGAUGAAAAAAUUAAGAAAUACAAUAAAAUUAUGACAGUACAGAUUUUACACUGAUAAAGUUUUUUAUGGCGAAAAAUCGUUAUAUCUGUUUUAAAAUGAUUGUUUAAUACGUAGAUAUUUACUGCUUAUUUAAACUUUAUCGGUUUGUAUUUGACAUCAAUAAACGAUUGUAAAAAUGUUAAAAUGUAUUAUAUUCAGUUUUUUAAAUAAUCGCAAAUUAUAUUUUAAUAUUUUAAUCUUUUUUAAUAUCUCGAACGACUGAAAUCGAUACAUUCGAGAUAAUCGAUUGAUUUCCGAUGUCGCUGUAAAUCUAACAGCAACAUUGAUCAAACACAAAUGUUAUAGGUUAUGUUUAUCGCUAAAGUUAUUUAGCAAAUAAAAUUUCUCAAAAAACAUGUCGAUAUAAACUACAAAUGCUUUUGUUAACUGAAUGAUGUUGAGUGUUAUGUAAGAUUUAUUACUUCAAAAAUAAAAUCAUUUAAAUCAUGUAACUUCUUAGUGAAAUUCACAUCAUAAAAUGAAAGGUUAAGUUGUAGAUAAAACGAAAGCAUAAAAUUCUUUGAAUUCUCUAAACGCAUGUUUUUUAUAAAGAAAAAUAACUGAAAAAAUUUUUGUAAAAACUGACGAAGAAAUAAGCAAGUGAACAUGUUUAAAAACACUUUUCAAAGUGGAUUUUUAUCAAUUUUGUAUAGUAUUGGUAGCAAGCCAUUACAAAUUUGGGACAAAAAAGUAAGAAACGGGCAUAUAAAACGAAUUACGGAUAAUGAUAUACAAAGUUUAGUACUGGAAAUAUUGGGUAGUAAUGUCAGUACUACAUAUAUAACAUGUCCAGCAGAUCCUAGAAAAACAUUAGGUAUAAAAUUACCAUUUCUAGUGAUGAUAAUUAAGAAUUUAAAAAAAUAUUUUACAUUUGAAGUUCAGGUAAUUGAUGACAAGAAUGUACGCCGUAGAUUUCGUGCUAGUAAUUAUCAAUCUACAACUAGAGUAAAGCCAUUUAUUUGUACAAUGCCAAUGAGAUUAGAUGAUGGAUGGAAUCAGAUUCAAUUUAAUUUAGCUGAUUUUACUAGACGUGCAUAUGGAACAAAUUAUGUGGAAACAUUAAGGGUUCAAAUCCAUGCAAACUGUAGAAUACGAAGAGUAUACUUUUCUGAUAGACUAUAUUCAGAAGAUGAAUUGCCAGCAGAAUUUAAAUUAUUUUUGCCAAUUCAGAAUAAGGCAAAAUGUUAAUGUUAGUUCUAAUUUUUUAACACUUUACAGAAAAAUGUUUAAGAAAAGACAAGAAUAAACUAUAAAUAUUUAUAAAUUAA